CCCUGCUCGCUAUAUAAGAGGCCGGGAAGCCCCGUAGCGUUCUUUUCGCUGAGUCGGAGACGCCGCCGCUGCCGCCAUAAUGACGGAUUGGGAGACGGCUCCGGCCGUGACCGAGACUCCGGAUAUCAAACUUUUCGGGAAGUGGAGCACGGACGACGUCCAGAUCAACGACAUCUCCCUGCAGGAUUACAUCGCGGUGAAGGAGAAAUACGCCAAGUACCUGCCGCACUCGGCCGGGCGUUACGCGGCCAAGCGAUUCCGCAAGGCUCAGUGCCCCAUCGUGGAGCGCCUGACCAAUUCCAUGAUGAUGCACGGCCGCAAUAACGGCAAGAAGCUGAUGACGGUCAGGAUCGUCAAGCACGCCUUCGAGAUCAUCCACCUGCUCACCGGGGAGAACCCCCUGCAGGUCCUGGUGAACGCCAUCAUCAACUCCGGCCCCCGCGAGGACUCGACUCGAAUCGGCCGCGCCGGCACCGUCCGCAGACAAGCCGUCGACGUCUCCCCUCUCCGCAGGGUCAACCAGGCCAUCUGGCUGCUGUGCACGGGCGCUCGCGAAGCCGCUUUCCGCAACAUCAAAACCAUCGCCGAGUGCUUGGCCGACGAGCUCAUCAACGCCGCCAAG